AUGCGGCAGAGAGCCAGACUUGAUGAGAUUCAGUGUACCUCUUUUUUGACAACCGACCAAACCUGCAUCGAUACUGAGAGGGGUCGCCCAGGAAGUUAUAUACGUGGUUAACCAUAUACUCGACGGCACUGGCCGGCAUGUAUCAAUACUGUGAAACACUCAGUCCGUUCCGCACUACAUCUCCAUCUCCAACUCCGCGAAAUAUAAUUGUCAGUGAACGAGUGACCUCGAUCGCAGCACCGCAACGCACUACCCUCCAGCACACAUAAUACCGUCCAUCCGUUUACACCGUCCGGCGCACAACGACCACAGAAGACAUUCGAUAUGCACUCAACGUUCCCCCUCCAAAGGGGCAUUCUCAAACGCUCCUCCUACUACGACACCGACUACCGCGCCGGCGCAGCCCUCAACCGCGCCCGAAGACCAUACUUGUUCAAGAACAUGAUAACAGGAGUCUGCAUAUUCGGUUUCGCAAUUGGAGUUUUCGCAUUCACCCUCAAAGCCGUCGGCCAAGAAACCUUCCAAGAUGUGAUCGUUCCCGAUGCACCCGUGACAUCACCUAAACCCGGCGCCGGCGUGUCGGCUAAUGGAAUGCGCUCAUGACCUGAUCCCCAAAGAACCUGGUCUCGAGGAUAAUGCGGUUGUAUGUAUGCCGCAUGGAGAUGGCGUCAGGAGUUCAUCAAACGGAGAGGACAUACUAGGGCACCACGAGCAAUGAAAUACAGCAGGUUGGGAUUCAUCCAUCUGCACAAUACACCUUACAUAUCAGCCAUCGCAUGUGCAUGGAGAUACGCUCUACUUUGACACCGGUAGAAAUAAGGACCGGUAUAUGAGUCCACUCUUAGCGACAUGGGAUCGGACUGUACAGAUAUUGGUUGAUCAGUUGGACGACAUACGAAACAAGCCCACGAAACGAGAGUCGCUGAGGUCUGGGCAAUGUCAGAGCAGUGGCGAGCACCAAUUUACAGUAAGGGGAAGCGCAUCAAAUGUACGGUAUCUGGGCAGUGCAAUGAACAUAGAUCCAUCUCCUGCCCAAAGUGGAUUCAUAUUACCAAAACUGUAACAGGACAUCAGUCAUGAAGCCAAAAUCAAAACCAA